AUUGAGCACACUGUUUCUGUUUCCUCAAAGGCCAGACGACUAGCUGUGACAUCAAUGCCAGCUAGCUAGCUAGCAAGCAGUGCAUACAGUGUGCCGACGGACUAGGCUGCGCUGCUUAGAGAUGGCGUCCCUUCUGCAGCCAGAUAGAGUUGUCUAUCUGGUUCGUGGAGAGAAAAGGAUUAGAGCCCCUUUAUCUCAACUUUAUUUCUGUCGCUACUGUAGUGAGCUACGGUCUCUGGAAUGUGUGUCUCACGAGGUGGACUCCCACUAUUGUCCAAGCUGUCUGGAGAACAUGCCAUCUGCAGAGGCUAAGCUUAAAAAGAACAGGUGUGCAAAUUGUUUUGACUGCCCAAGUUGCAUGCACACGCUGUCUACGCGAGCCACAAACAUCCCAGCUCCUCUGCCUGAUGAUCCUACCAAGACGGCCAUGAAAAAGGCCUACUACCUGGCCUGUGGCUUCUGUCGCUGGACCUCCAGGGACGUGGGAAUGGCUGACAAAUCAGUUGCCAGUGGUGGAUGGCAGGAGCCAGAGAACCCUCAUACUCAACGGAUCAACAAACUGAUCGAGUAUUACCAGCAGCUGGCCCACAGAGAGAAGCAGGAGAGAGAUAGGAAGAAGCUGGCCAGGAGACGACAGUGCAUGCCUCUGGCGUUCUCGCAACACACUAUACAUGUGGUGGAAAAAUAUGGCCUUGGAACCAGACUGCAGAGGCAGAGACCUGGAGCUCCCAUAUCAAGCCUGUCUGGCCUGUCCCUUAAAGAGGGCGAGGACCAGAAGGAGAUCACCAUCGAACCUGCCCAGGCCCUUGAUGAAGUGGAACCCCUGCCUGAAGACUGUUAUACCAGGCCCAUCAGCCUACCGGAGGUGACCACGCUGCGGCAGCGGCUUCUGCAGCCAGACUUCCAGCCGGCAGUGGCGUCUCAGCUCCACCCCAGACACAAACACCUCCUGAUGAAGCGCUCCCUGCGCUGCAGGAAAUGUGAGCACAACUUGAGCAAACCAGAGUUUAAUCCUACUUCAAUCAAGUUUAAAAUCCAGCUGGUGGCUGUGAGCUACAUCCCUGAAGUGAGAAUUAUGUCCAUUCCAAAUCUCCGGAACCUGAAGGUCAGUGUGUGUACUGGUUCCGACAUGGUUAUGGUACCCAGCAAAGAACUGGUCUUGGCAGGAAAGGAUGCUGCUGCUGAGUACGAUGAACUGGCUGAACCUCAGGACUUCCAGGAUGACCCUGAUGUUGUUGCCUUCAGAAAAUCCAACAAGAUUGGUUUCUUCAUCAAAGUGAUCCCUCAGAAAGAAGAGGAUGCGGACGUCACCGUUUCAUUCAAGAUCCGACACGACUUCCGCAACCUCGCAGCUCCCGUCAGGCCGAGCGAGGAGGGAGCCGAAACCCCCGCCGAGGCCGUUUGGCUCACGCACCACGUAGAGCUGAGGCUGGGACCACUCGCUCCCUGAACAUGAAUACUUAGUUUACUAUCAAACAGUCCUACUGUUAAGUUCUUUUAACUAAUUUCUGUAAACCUGUGGGAUGUAUUUAAUUUACAAAGAUGAUUGCUGAUUCUGCUCAUUGAUAUGUAAGAACUAUUUAUGCUCUGCUUGACACACAGUUGUUUUAGCUCAAGCUGCGUCACCAGAUACAUUGUAGAACAUGCCGUGUUACAUAAACUACAUAAAACCAUGACUGACUGCAGACUUAAGUGCAUCCCGUUUUUAAUUUACUUACAUUUUUAUUUAUUUUUUUGUUAGCCAAAAACAUGGCAAUAAAUAGUGUUUCACAACAACAUCCUUCUCCUCGGCUUUAACCCUAUAGCAUCUAUUGGUUGAAAGUACUUUUAGUGUGCGUUGCCUACAGGAAACAGAACUUUAUUAUACAUAAAAUGACGUGUUAAAACAUGUUAGGUUUUCCACUGAUGUGCUUAUUUGCUUGUUGUGCUACAUACAGUAUUUUCUUAAAUGGCAAAGCAACGACAAAGUAUGUUUUGUCUUUUUCAAAGUAUUAGCUGUGGAUUUUUGGAGUGAAAUAUUAGUCUUUAUAGAAAGUACUUGUAGAAAAUAGCAGUUUAUGUUCAAAGAUGAGAGGUUAUAUGUUAAUAUAACAGCGUUGAGGUUAUAGAAAUGGUAGACAAUAAAUGAGCAGAAUCAGAAAUCAUAAUUGAGAACAAUCCAAACAAUCCCGGACCGUGCAGCACACACUGCGAUUUCAGCUUAUGUAUCCUUGGCAACAUUCUUUUCUGCAGACAGUAAUAUCGUAUUAACUCGCAUGCUUCAACUAUAGUAAAUAUCGCACUCGUUAGACAAGUUAUCACAGUUCCUGAUCCUGAACAGAAAGGUUCUUUGGUUGAAGGUGAGACCUGCCCAUACUUCAAAGUCAAACGGUAACCAUCACUAGCACUACGGAGGGGAUGAAUACGAAGCACUGUUAAAUACAUGAAGUACAACUUGUUCAUUAUUUAAAUGUAUUUAGACACUAUCAUUUUUUUUUUUUUCUUUCCUGAUUUUAAAAAUGUAUCCUCCUGGUUUGUAGAACUCGCUGACCUCUGUUGCAGUGUAUAUCGUAAGCUGCUGUAAUUUUUGGUCUCAAGUGUGUUAGCCAAGCAUAGCUUCACAACACAGUCAAUCUUAAUACUGUACCGGCUAAUAAAAUAAUGUGAUACUGUAAAAGA